UUUCUACCAUUCCUGUUUUAUAAAGCAACCAGUGAAAUACAUCGUACGUGCGUAAGGGAAUCGCUACUUGAAUAACAGUGGCGUCAACACCAAAUCCGGUGUUAUCUUAUUAUCUAAUAAACAGGCGGACAUAGUUUUGAUUUUGGCCUCCUGAUCUUUGAGAUUAAGGACUGGUUGGAGGUUUACGUUUGCAUAUGGAAGAUUAAUCGGAAGAGAAAGUAUUACGAAGAUGGAUUCGUAUUUCUGUGCUCUUCUGGGUCUCUUACUCCUCUGCAUUUCAGGAACUAUUGCUUUGAAUGAGUGUGACAGUUCGCCAUGUCAGAAUGGAGCAGAAUGUCGAGAUGGACUGGAAGGCUACUACACAUGUCUCUGUGCGCAGGGGUAUCAUGGAACCAACUGUGAAAUUAGAAUGGACCAGGACUGCGGGACCAACCUCUACGACCAGGUAGGGUCUUUCCAGAGUUCCUCUUACCCGUCGAAUUACGGAUCGCGUGAGGAAUGCUUCUAUCUGAUCCGGAGCCACGGCGCUCACGUCAUCAACUUCACAAUCGAGGACUUCAACACAGAACUCAACAAGGACGUGCUCGAAUACGGCUACGGAGAUACAGUCGACAUCAAUAACGUGGAGGGUCUCUACCAGGGCAAUAUCAUCACGCCAGUGGAAAUCUCAGUACCGGGGUCGUCUGCCUGGUUCUUCUUCUCUACAGACCGUAACGUCCAAUUGAAAGGAUUUCGCAUUUCUGUCAGUGCUGAUGGAAAUGAUUGUCUUAGCGCCCCGUGUAUCAACGGAGGGACGUGUAUAGAUGGAAUACGAAGCUAUACUUGUGAAUGCGCGCCUGGCUUUACGGGAUUCAACUGUGAGACAGAUAUUGACGAAUGUGAAAGCAACCCUUGUCGGAACAGCGGAUUAUGUGUAGAUGGCGUCAACAGCUAUACAUGUAACUGCGCCUCCGGUUGGACCGGACCUACUUGCCUGAUCAAUGUUGACGAAUGUGCUAGUAAUCCAUGUCAAAAUGGCGUAUGCACUGACGGGAUCAACCGGUAUGAUUGCAUCUGUAAUUCAGGCUGGGCCGGUACAAACUGUGACAUUGAUAUUGACGAGUGUGCCAGCAAUCCCUGCCUAAACGUGGGUACAUGUAAUGAUAGAGUAGAUGGUUACAUCUGCGCAUGUGCAUCGGGAUGGGAAGGAGAUAUCUGUGAAAUCAAUACUGAUGAAUGUGCCAGUUUCCCAUGCCAGAAUGAGGGAAACUGUAUUGAUCUAAUCAAUGGCUUCUUCUGCGCAUGCUCCCCAGGAUGGACUGGAGUUAACUGCGAAAUAAAUGUAGACGAAUGCACAUCAUUUCCUUGUCGGAAUGGUGGCCAGUGUGUUGAUCUGGUCAAUUCUUAUAGGUGUGUUUGUGCCUCUGGAUGGACCGGUGUCACGUGUCUCAUUGAUAUCGACGAGUGCACCAGCAUGCCAUGCCAAAAUGGCGGUAUAUGUACCAAUGGAGUCGAUGGUUAUAUAUGCGCAUGCGCAGCAGGAUAUGAAGGAGAUAACUGCGAAUUAGAUACGAAUGAAUGCCGUAGCAACCCUUGCGUAAAUGGUGGUUUUUGUACGGACAUUUUAGACGGUUAUGUUUGUGCUUGCCAACCUGGAUUUACCGGUACCAGAUGUCAAUCAGAGAUCAACGAGUGUGCCAGCAACCCAUGUGUAAACGGGGAUUGUGUCGAUAUACUGAACGCCUACCAAUGCACCUGUCGGGCUGGCUGGUCAGGACCGCGAUGUGACAUCAAUAUUGACGAAUGUGCCAGUAACCCUUGCCAGAACGGAGGGAUGUGUAAUGACUUGGUCAACAGGUAUACUUGUGAUUGCGUACCAGGAUAUACCGGGGUACUCUGUCAAAUAGAAAUCAACGAGUGUGCUUCUGCUCCGUGUAUAAAUGGUCUGUGCAGUGAUGUCAUCAAUGCCUACACGUGCACAUGUCAACCUGGAUGGGCUGGCACAAACUGUGACAUCAAUAUCAACGAAUGUGCUAGCGGACCCUGUAGAAAUGGAGCGACAUGUAAUGACUUCGUCAACUUCUACACAUGCGAUUGUGCGCCAGGGUGGACUGGAACACACUGUGAAAACGAUGUCGACGAGUGCGCCAGCUUCCCGUGCCUGAAUGGCGCAAUAUGCAGUAACCAAGAGAACCAGUUCGUGUGCACCUGCGUGCUCGGCUGGACUGGAAUCAACUGCCAGAUUGAUAUCGACGAGUGCGCCAGUGAUCCCUGUCAAAAUGGAGCUUUGUGUUCGGAUCUUAUCAAUAGAUACGAGUGCCAGUGCCUGCCUGGUUGGACGGGCGUCAAUUGUAACAUUGAAAUUGACGAAUGUUCAAGUGGACCCUGUCAGAACGGGGCAGUGUGUAACGAUCAACUCAAUUCAUUCACUUGUGUCUGUGCACCCGGAUACACGGGAACAUUUUGUACAGAAGACAUAAAUGAAUGCAGUUCCAACCCCUGUCAGAAUGGUGGAUUAUGCAACGAUCUCCUCAACAGAUACACUUGCGUCUGUAUACCAGGAUACACAGGAGUUAAUUGUCAAAUAGAUAUUGAUGAAUGUGCAAGCAGACCCUGUCAGAAUCAAGGUCAAUGCCUUGAUUUGAUCGAUGCCUAUGUCUGCUCCUGUGUCAGUGGAUGGGCAGGAAUUCACUGUGAAACAAACAUUGAUGAAUGCGCAAGUGCCCCUUGUCGCAAUGGAGGCAGUUGCGAGGACAUGGUUAACGGGUAUACAUGUACUUGCGCACCAGGCUGGACUGGAAUUCACUGCAGUGUUGAUAUCAACGAGUGUACGAGCAACCCAUGUCUUAAUGGGAUCUGCAGUAAUGCUAACAACAAGUACUUCUGUACUUGUAACCCUGGGUGGACUGGCGUUAACUGCGAAACAGAUAUCGACGAGUGUGCUAGUUUUCCAUGUGGAAACGGUGGCAUAUGUGACGACGGAAUUAAUGGCUACAUAUGUACCUGCGGACCGGGAUGGACAGGGACCAACUGCUUCGUUGAUAUUGAUGAAUGCGUGUCCAACCCUUGUUUGAAUGGAGCAACUUGUAACAACCUACAGAACAGAUACACAUGUUCUUGUGCCGGCGGCUUCACGGGAAACAGCUGCGAAACAAAUAUCAACGAAUGUACAUCUGCUCCCUGUUUGAAUGGCGGGGUAUGUUUGGAUGGUAUCAAUCAAUACACCUGUGACUGCGAUGCAGGCUGGAAUGGAAUUAACUGCGAAAUAGAAAUCAACGAGUGUUCCAGUCGUCCUUGCCAGAAUGGAGGGACCUGUGUUGAUGGGACAAACAGCUUCACCUGUGAUUGUGCCUCAGGCUGGACGGGUACCCUCUGCGAAUUAGAUAUUGAUGAAUGUGGCAGCGGUCCCUGUCAGAACGGUGGAGUAUGCACCCAAGGCAUUGAUUACUAUGUUUGUACAUGCCAGCCUGGAUGGAAUGGAUACAACUGUGAAACUGACCGACAAGAGUGCAACAGUGAUCCUUGCCAAAACGGUGGGACGUGCUUCGAUGGUGUGGAUGGCUACUCCUGCCAGUGUGUGACCGGAUUUACCGGGACCCAUUGUGAGACAGAUAUCAACGAGUGCGCAAGUAACCCGUGUAUGAAUGGAGCGACGUGCCUCAACGAGGUCAACCAAUACAGCUGUCGGUGUGCACCAGGUUACGAAGGAAAUAACUGCCAGUUUGAUACCAACGAAUGUGCGAGUAAUCCUUGUCUUAAUGGAGCUACAUGCAAUGAUCGGGUUAAUCUCUUCACGUGUACAUGUCAACCUGGAUACACCGGCGUCCGUUGUGAACAAGACAUCCCUGAAUGUAACAGCGGACCUUGCCAGAACGGGGCAAACUGCGUGGACCUCGUCAAUGAUUUCACUUGUGUCUGUGUAGCUGGCUUCACUGGCCUGCGCUGUGAAUUCGAGAUCGACGAAUGUGCCAGCUCACCUUGUUUGAACGGAGGAGCUUGCAACAACGGUAUCAACCAAUACACGUGUGACUGUCGCUCUGGAUUUGAAGGAACCAAUUGUGAAACAGAUAUCGACGAAUGCGCAAGCGGUCCUUGUCUAAACGGGGGAAUUUGUACAGAUCAGAUUGACCUGUAUACCUGUGAAUGUGCUAGCGGCUGGACCGGAAUCAACUGCCAAUUAGAUAUCGACGAAUGUGCAAGCAACCCUUGUUUGAACGGAGCCCAAUGUGUGGAUAAUGUCGAUAAUUUUGACUGUGUAUGUACUUCUGGAUGGGAAGGGACCUUCUGCGAGCUGGGAACAAACGAAUGUGGAAGCAAUCCUUGCGCCAACGGAGGUCGAUGCUUCGAUCUGUUUGAUUCUUUCACCUGCCAAUGUGUGCCCGGAUACACGGGAGUCACCUGCGAGACAGACAUCAACGAGUGUGGCAGUAACCCGUGUCAAAAUGGAGGAAUCUGCUCGCAAUCUGUUGACUAUUACUCAUGCGUGUGUCCUGCGGGCUACAUGGGGGUAAACUGUGAAACAGAUAUCAACGAAUGCGCCAGCAACCCAUGCCGAAACGGUGGAAACUGUGCAGAUCUUGUAAAUGGGUACGAGUGUACCUGCCAAGUCGGGUGGCUCGGAACUAAUUGUGAUAUAGGUGCAGAUGAUUGUGCGUUGAGCCCCUGUGUGAAUGGUGCCAUUUGUCUGGACGGUGACAAUGACUUCACUUGCGCAUGCCUCGCUGGAUUCGAAGGCGAUUUGUGUGAAAUUGACGUUGAUGAAUGUGCCAGCAAUCCAUGCCAAACAGAUGCGAUAUGUCUUGAUGGAAUCAACAGGUACACUUGUACAUGCGCUCCUGGAUGGACUGGCUACAAUUGCGAUGAAGAUAUCAACGAAUGUGCUAGUAACCCUUGUAUCAAUGGAGGAGAAUGCAACAACAUGCAAAAUGCUUUCAGCUGUAAUUGUACAGCCGGAUGGACUGGCGUCACAUGUGAAACAGAUGUGAAUGAGUGUGCAAGCACGCCCUGCUUCAACUCUGGAAUAUGCACCAAUGGAAGGAACGUCUACACCUGCACUUGUCAGCCCGGAUGGUCAGGCACCAACUGUGAAACUAACAUCGAUGAAUGCCAGAGUGUGCCUUGUCAAAAUGGUGGACAAUGCAUAGACUUCGAGAAUAGAUACCAGUGUACAUGCAUGGCCGGUUGGAUAGGCAUCAAUUGCGAAAUUGGUGUGAAUGAGUGUUUCAGCAAUCCAUGUGUAAACGGGAUCUGUGUAGAUAUGGAGGACGGAUUCGAGUGUAGAUGUGAUCUCGGGUACAAUGGCACUCUAUGUGAAAACAAUAUCGACGAGUGUGCCAGUGAUCCUUGUGUGAAUGAUGGCACCUGCGUUGACGGAUUGAACAGUUUUACUUGCGUUUGUGUGGAGGGCUGGACAGGCCGCUUGUGCAGUACUGACGUGAACGAGUGUGGAAGCAAUCCGUGUCUGAACGGAGCAGUCUGCCUCAACGAAUUUGCAAGAUUUAGCUGUGUGUGUUUGUUUGGAUAUACGGGCAUCAUCUGUGAAACAAAUAUUGAUGAAUGUGGCAGUCUCCCCUGCAUGAACGGUGGUCUAUGCUUCAAUGACGGCAAUGACGGAUACACAUGCGAGUGCACACCAGGUUACAACGGAAUUCAUUGUGAAAAUGAAAUCCUCGAGUGCGCAUCUAACCCCUGUCUCAAUGGAGCGACCUGUGUGGAGGGCCUCAACUCCAUCUCGUGUCUCUGUCAACCCGGUUACGCGGGAUUUCUUUGCGGCACCAACAUCGACGAAUGCGAGAGUUACCCGUGCGAGAACGGAGGUGCUUGUCGUGAUGGUGUUAAUGGUUUCACGUGCUCCUGUCCAACUGGGUACUCCGGAGACAGAUGCGAAAUAAACCUUAAUGAAUGCGCUAGCAACCCAUGUGACAACCUAGGAACUUGUGUGAACCGUGUGGAAAGUCAUGGAUACGAUUGUUUCUGUCAACCUGGCUUUACUGGCACCCACUGUGAAAUCAAUAUUGAUGAAUGUGCCAACCAGCCAUGUCUGAACGGUGGUAUCUGCAACGAUCUCGCCAAUGGUUACCGCUGUACUUGCCCCAUGGGAUGGGCAGGAGAUAACUGUGAACAAUCUGUUGGUUGUCGAGUCAACUACACGCUUGCCGUAGGAACGAAGCUUGAGAUUCACUCACCGAAUUACCCAUCCAACUACGGGAACAUGGAGAACUGUCGCUGGUUCAUUCAGGGGAUCAACGGUCGCCAGGUUACAGUCGAGAUUAAAGAUUACAUUACCGAGAACCGGUACGAUGAGUUCAGACUAGGAGUCGGAUCGAAUCCUAACGAUGAGGGUUCAAGACGGAUGACGCUAUCCGGCCCAGGUCCAUUUUCAACGAGGACUAUGACUCUUCAGGCAAACAAUAUCUGGACAACUUUCAUAACCGACAACGAGAAAACCGAGAGAGGUUUCUCCAUUGAGAUAACGGAUUCAGCGUAUGUCGCUAUUACGCCAUGUGAUGCUGAACCAUGUAUCAAUGGAGGGACUUGUGAAAACGUGGGGAACACACGAUUUACGUGUUCCUGUACCAGUCUUUGGACAGGACAGCAAUGUGAAGAACCAGCAGAAAUGAACAAGUGUGCAUUCCAUCCUUGCACAAAUGGAGCUGAGUGUACAAACAUUGGACUAGACUACACAUGUACAUGUCCAGUUGGAUUUACUGGCAAGAAUUGUUCAAUGGAAAUCGAUGAAUGUGCUUCGAAUCCCUGCCAGAAUGGAGGCACAUGUCAAGAUCUUAUCGGAGCCUACGUGUGUAUCUGUGCAAAUUGCUUCUCGGGCGUCAACUGUGAUCAAGCUCCCGUCACUGAUUCCUGCAUCAAGAAUGUCUGUGAGAACAGCGGCGAAUGUUCCUUCUAUGAUGGAUACUUCACAUGUACAUGCCAAGAUGGAUACUCUGGCGACUACUGUGAGAAAGAUUUCGACUUCUGUCGCAAUGCGCCAUGUCUUAAUGGCGGUACAUGUACCAGUCUAAAUGGAACAUUCUCUUGUGACUGCCAAGAUAACUACAUUGGAAUUACCUGUUCGAUUCAGGUAACAUUGUCCUGUGUACAUGCGAACCCGUGUCAAAAUGGCGCCCUCUGCACCUACAUCGAUGAAAGCUAUCUAUGUUCCUGUCCCUCAGGCAUCACGGGUGAAUUCUGUGAAACGAAUAUUGAUAACUGUGACCCGUAUCCUUGUGCGAAUAACGGUGUGUGCGAGGACGGUAUUGAUUUCUUCUCGUGCUACUGUCCCAGCGGCUUUUCAGGAGAUUUAUGUGAAAUAGAUAUCGAUGAAUGCGGUAGCAACCCCUGUCAGAAUGGAGGGACCUGUCUGAAUGGUAUCAACAAGUUCUUCUGUCAGUGUCCUGAAUCUCUUGAUCAGCCUGUCUGUGCUUCUGUUGUAGUAAACCAGGCAGCGCAGUCUGGAGAUACCUUUUUGGGUGCGGAGAUCAAUCUUAACCCAUGGUACAUCCUCCUCAUCGUAGCAUUAGCUCUUAUCGCCAUCUUCUUCCUGCUACUCUUCAUUUCAUCCGCGGCUUGUAGAAAGAACAAAAGUGCCCUCUACGAUGCUGAGUUGGCGAAGAAGGAGAGAGAACGAGGGGUACCUAAUUCUCAGCUACAUGACACCCUUCCAAUCUUCGAUGACGAGCGUCCUCUGUCACGUGAUAACGAUUACGGUUUCCUCCCCCCGAAUGCUGUGGAAUCGAAUGUGCGGGAGGUGAACAGUUACGAGAAUCCAUGGCCUCAAAGUACGGAUGAAAUGCAAAAGACUCAUCUCUAACUGUACAACAGGGGACAUAAUAUUUAAGAGAUUUCCGCUUCCCCGCUUUUUAAGACUUGAUAUUUCACACCAUUUUGUUUAUUUGAAGUGUAUUCACUGACGUGCACAUUUAAAGAUAAAGUUAAGUUCUGGUCCUGCGAUUGCAUUUGUGUAUAUACUGUGAGCAAAUUGAUAAUAAAUAGGCAUGGUCAUGAUUAUGAUACAUAAAUGGGACUACACAGAGAUGUGGCAUUGAAAUGUGGUCCACAAACUUUAGCAGUUACUGGAUAUAUUUCGCAAACAAGGGUAUUUGAAAAGCAAUUCUCUCAGGGGACUCUUGAAAAAAAUACUCUUCCCUCGAAAUUCUCUCAAACUUUGUAAUUGAAUCAUUAUUCACUGUAUAUCUUAUUCAAUAAUCGUUUGAUUCCUUCCUAUGCUACAUAAGAUACCAACUUAUAUUCAAAAAUAUUGGUAUGAACAUCAUUGCAUGCUUAAUUCAAGUCUCAAUUCAGUACCAACUUGUUGGAAUAUCAUUUAUCUUAUCAUUUUUUCAUUUUAUUGUAACAUUAUUAAUCUGCAACCUAUAAGUCUUGGAGCCUGUCCCAUUUUACCCGUAAGAUUUGACUUAUAGCAAUUACUUUAAGACCGCAGGAUUCCUCGCCCAGAUGUAAAGUGCGAGUUGGGGAAACAAAACACAUUUCUAGAAUUGCCCAUUGCUUCAAGAUGGAGCUAUAAAAUAAUAGGAAAUAAUAUAACAUGUAGCAGUAUUGUCAUUUCUCCUGUUUAUGUUGGUGCCAUUUCUGGGCAGGGGUCAUUUCAUUAGGCGAUGUCAACAUCUACUUGUGCCAACAUGAUAAUCAAUUUGAAUACAAAUCACUAGAAAAUAAACGUUGUUACAAUUAUAUUUCUUGUAUAGCAUCUUCAAAUUUGUAUUCCAGGAUAAAUUUACAGAAUUCAGGGCAUUUUGGUUACUCAUCUGAAACAUGAAAAUAAAAAAGUCAAAAAGUUGUUAAUUUACACCUGGCAGUAAUUUUUCGACCGUGCUCAAUAUUUUAAAUUAAAUUGAAGAUUCUGAUCGUAGGGCAAUUCCCUCGGUACACCUAAGACUACCUCUCCUAUCUUAUGGAGGGGAAAGGAAGCGUUAUCCCGUUAUUUGUCCGGGGUGUAAUCGUACAAGGUGUACUUGUGUUUAUAAUCUAUGCCUGCAUAGGAUAUUCAUCAUUAUUAAUUUCUAAAACCUUGUGAGGUGUUAAUUAACCAAGUUUAGAUUCAAUUCUUUAUAUAUUACUUGAGUAACUGAAAUCGGGAAAUGUAUCCCGCUAUGAACGUAUUUUCAAGUUUUCUCUUUACCCGACCGUCAUAAGUCAUAUAAACUGAUUUCAUUAAUAUAUUUUAUUUGGCAUGAAGAAUUGUAUUUUUAAAGUAAUGAUACCAUUUUACUAUGUAGAAGUUUUCUUUCUUUCUGUAACAAUAUACAUUGUAUACUUACCCCUGCAUACAAUAAAGUGUUCUAAUUUCACCGCA